GUUACUGUCAAAAUGGCAACCGACGUAGGUGAAAGGAAAAUCAGUGACUAUUUAAAAACGAUGCUUUUUCCUGCUAAUUCAUUCUUAACGGAAAAGUUGCACCGGUCCAAUUAGAAACAUGUCUUUCCUGAAUUUGGUAUUUGUGAAUUUUCUAGACGGGCAUGUUGGAAUAAAAUGGCAAUUUUUAGUAAGAUAUUGAGUAGUGUUUCCUAUCCCAAAAUGUUUAUAAUCGGGGAAAUAUUUCCUCCUGUUGGAACUCUGACUAUAAUAGGUACUGUGGUACUCUGCUUUUUGAGUUUCUAUUUAUUUAAAUGGAUAGGAGGUGAAAGUACUGUACGGAUAAGGGAUUAUGUGAAAAAUCAUAGUUGGACACCUGUUACGGUAACAUCCAGGUCGUGGUAUUGUUCAAUUUGUGAAUCUCUAUUGCUGAAUGGAAUUGGAGUAUAUUGUGAUUGCUGUGGAGUAUGUGCUGAUUCAGAAUGUAUAAAGACAGCCAAUUUGAAGUUGCAAUGUAAAAUUGUCACAAGUAAUAAUGAAACUCACUCACAUCAUUGGAUUAAAGGAAAUUUGCCCUUGGGUGCUACAUGUUACAUCUGCAAUGAGGACUGUUCAAUGGAACCUGGUCUCGUUGACUAUCAAUGCUGUUGGUGUCAGAGAUCAGUACAUACAAACUGUAAUAAUCAGCUAGAGGAGGAAUGUGACUUUGGUCGAUUCAAAAACCAUAUUGUUCCCCCGUGGAGCGUACAAGUAGCUAGGAGAAAAGGUGCCAUCCAAAAACAUUUACUUUUAAGAGGUGUGAGAGAUCCAGGUUGGAAGAAUUGGAAGCCUCUAAUUGUAAUUGCCAAUAAGAAGGCAGGUAAUAAUGAUGGUGCGAUAGUAUUGUCAGAGUUCAGAAAAUUUUUGAAUCCAGUGCAAGUAAUAGAUCUGAGUGAAAGGAAACCAGCAGCUGCUUUACAGUGGUGUGUUUUGAUGGCCCCCAAACAAUUGAGAAUUCUAGUGGCAGGUGGAGAUGGUACUAUUAAUUGGGUUCUUACGACAUCUCACAAGUUGGACUUGGAUCCUGAGCCUUUAUUAUCCAUUAUACCAUUGGGUACGGGCAACGAUCUGUCCAGAGUAUUGGGUUGGGGAUCGCAAAACGCUUCCGAAUUAGAUGUGGACAAACUUUUGAGAUACAUAGAGACAGCGACUCCAUCUAAACUGGAUAGAUGGAAAAUAGAAGCAAUGUCACACAGGCAUUUGGGCUUGAGGAUUCCAACUAACACCUUGUACAUGUAUAAUUACUUCAGCAUCGGUGUCGAUGCUCAAGUAUGCCUAAAUUUUCAUAGAACCAGAGAUUCGGCCUACUAUCUUUUCGGUAACAGAAUAUUCAAUAAGUUAUUAUACUUAUGUUUUGGUACUCAACAAGUGGUAACAUCUGAUUGCAAGAAUCUGGAACAAAGGUUAGAUUUGUAUAUCGAUGGCAAACUUGUAGAGUUACCAGAGUUGGAAUCCAUUGUCAUUCUCAACAUACCAUCGUGGGGAGCCGGUGUUAACCUUUGGAAUCUUUCUAGUGUGUCUUCCGGGUAUCGUCAUCAAUCUUUCAAAGAUGGUUUAUUAGAAGUGUUAGGUAUUUUCUCUUCAUUCCAUGUUGCCCAAUUACAAAUGGGUCUCUCUAGUCCAGUAAGGUUAGGUCAAGGAAAAACGGUGGAGGUGAAAUUGAAAAAGAAGGCCCCAGUGCAAGUGGAUGGUGAACCGUGGGAGCAAAAUCCUUCUUCUAUAAAAGUAACUUUCGCUAAUCACUGUCCAGUACUCAUUAAUCACCCUGAUUGAUAGAUUGAUCGUUGAAAAGAACCAAUUUGAAUUUGUGCCAAAUUUUGAUAAGGUCAUGUGGUGACAAUUGAGGCGUAAGAUAUUAUUUGAUAUCUGCAUUCAGUAAGAUACAGAGUGAGCUCUCAAAUUAUAAUAAUGGAAUUUUCCCCUUUAAACUACAUUUGAAACUUCAAUUUUAUGAAAUUUUGCACCUAACUGGGAAUUUGUGAUUUUCUGUUUUGCCUCAGUAUUAUAUUUCACUAUGCAUUUUUUAUUACUUUAAUAUUUUCUUAAUUGAACUAUUUUCUGGAAUUAAUUACAUACAGUUCAGUUUGUUUCAACAGUAUUUUGAAGUAUGUACAUUUUUAUAGUAUGAUUAUUUUUUGAAAUAUUAAUAAGUUGUAUGUUAUCGAAUGUUGAAAUUCUUUGGAAGUUUAUAUCAUUGUUGUUCUUGUAGUGCACAUAUCUCUUCAUGUAUUCUCUUUAUGAUACAGAAUAUAUCUAAUGAACAAAAGUCAACAUGAGAAAAAUGAACUUUUCAUUUGAAUUUAUCAUGAUCACAUUGUAUUUGUAAAAGAGAUUAUAUUAUAUCGAAUAUAUUGUGGAAUAAAAUUUACUGUUCAUGAA